AUGUCUGCUUUCAUCCGUGCUGUCUCCCCCUUCGUCGCGUCUCUCGACGCGACUAUGGCUUCGGUCGCCCAAGCGGCGGCCCAUGAGGGCACUGCCCCGGAGCCAGGCGAGCUGACUAAGGUCGGCCGCCACCACCGGCUUUUUGCCGCGGCGAACGUCACCCAAGUGGUUGACAUGGUCCCCUCGGACUAUCGCCAGGCGUUCCGCCCCCUGCUUCUCGAGGUCUCUGAGACGCAGAAGAAGAUCUUUCGCAUCCAAGCGACGAUCUCCAAGUGGGAAAAGACGAUGGCGUCCGGAACGCUCCCCGCCCAUAUCAGACAAACCGCGCCCACGCUCCAACAGACGAAGGAGUUUGCCGCGAGUUCAGGAGGCGCCGCACAACGGGCGGCGUUGGAGAAGGUCCACGGGGACUAUCUCCAGUCGUACUAUACCGCCGAGCUUUUGGCAAAGAAAGACGAGCUUCUGUUUCUGGAAGGGCAUAUGACGCCCGAGAACAUCUUCGAGCGCUGUAGCGCCAAGAUCAAGGAGGUCUUCGACCGCCUCGUGGUGACCCAGAAGGUCCCACGCUUCGUUACCGAUGGAAGCGGAGCAACCAACGUCAUAUUCGAGCAGUCCCCCCUCGUGAAGUCAGUUCACGACGAGGUCUUGGAGGACUGCCUCGCGUACGCUCUCCGCGUGAUUGGUCUCGAGACCGACACGUGGAACGCCGGCCAGGACAAGGCCGCCGCCAAGAAGAACGUGCACAAAGCGCUCGACGUCGAGAUGGGUGACACCGCCUCCGCGUCCGGAUCUAAGGAUCUGGCGAAGCUAGUCGACGAGCGCGUCAAACGAGAGGUCAAGAAGGCCCUCGCCGCCAAGUCAGGUGCCGGAAAGGCCGGAUCUUCGUCGAAGCCCGCCCGGAAGAACUCCGGCGGCAAGAACGACGGGAAGAAGAAGACGAGCGGAAAAGCCUCGGGCGGACCCAAGGUCAGUCUUCAAGACGCCCCCAGCUAUUUGCCUCCGCCGCUGAUAUCGGCGAUGAAGAGGAAUGGUGGGAAGGUUCCGCUGUCGGAGAUGAAGUUCAAGCGCAAGAACGUCUCCGCCCAGAAGUCGACGGCGCAGCGUCAGGCGGACGCAGCCUCUUCGUCGGCGAAGGGCAAGGGCAAGGGUCGCGCGAAGUAG